ACACUCUGGAGAUGACAACCAGAUGCUUGUAUGUGAUACAUGCGAUAAAGGCUAUCAUACGUUUUGUCUACAGCCUGUUAUGGACUCUGUACCAACAAAUGGCUGGAAAUGUAAGAACUGCAGAAUUUGUGCAGAAUGUGGGACGCGAACCAGCAGCCUUUGGCACCUCAACUGUUUAAUAUGUGACAACUGCUUCCAACAGCAAGAUAACUUACCUUGUCCCUUUUGUGAAAAGUCCUUUGAGCCAGACCUGCAGAAAGAUAUGUUGCAUUGUCAACUAUGUAAAAGGUGGAUUCAUCUAGACUGUGAAAAAUGUACAGAUUAUAUUGAUGAUCAUUUAAAAGAUGACUAUAUAUGCACUAUGUGUAAGCAUGUUGACCUGGAAGAAGACCAGGGAGAACAGUGUGUUGCGAUGGAGGUUAAAGAAUCAGACUCAAUUUGCACAGAGGAGAUGGAGGUAGAUACAGAUGGGAAAAUUGCAUUUGAAGAAGCACUUAUUCACAAAAAUAUUGUUCCAGAAGCAUCAGCUCUUCCUAUCAACCAAGGUAAACUUUUAUUCUAAUCAAGAGUAUAACAGUAUUUGCUAAAUUAGUAGAUAUUUAGAAAUAUCUUAUAUUACAGUAGAGGCCUCUUUGUCAUCUAAUGGAGACCCACCCACAUCCCAGCUAAUUUACAGGAACAAAGUAUCACUUCUUUAUAAAGAACUAUUUUGGUUCUCUUUCUUCAUUAUUUUUCUUCUUAUGCACAGGACAGAUUUAGUGGACAGAAGGUUUUCAUGGUUUAUUAGUAGCAGGGACUAGACUCAUGCCAAUUAAGUAUUCUAAGGGCAAUUCACCAGCGCAAACAUCAUAAUACAGUCUAGGAUACUUUCUAAGACAUAUCACAAUAGACCUUAAGGGCCAUAAUAGUAAAAAGAAAUUACAUGCUGUAACAAAUUAGAACAUGUGAUUUUUCAUUUAGUAUAGCCCUUUAAGACAG